CACUUUUAAUGUGUCAAACGAUGUUAAUACGCAUCACAAAAAUUUGGUUUUUAAUAAUUCCACUAUUAAAUUUAGUGAACACGACUUCAAAAAGCGUCGUCGUGGUAGAAUACAAACAAAUAACACAUCCAUCUUAUACAAUACAAGAAACACAGAUUAAAAACGCCCAAAAAUACAUCGAGAUAAUCCACGAAAUGUCCGAGAAACAUAAACUUUUGCUUGUAGUUUUUCCAGAAGCUACUUUAGACCARUCCAAAACGAAGAAAGAACUCAUUCAAAAUGGCGUAGAAUUCCAACAACAUGUUCUACCUUGUAAUGAGGCUGGCUAUCCGCUAUUUCUAAAAAUGUUGUCGUGUGCUGCUCUCAAAUAUAAAGUGGUUAUUGUUUUUAAUUUAAUCGAAAAAAGAGAGUACGACACAGUCUUUACUUCUGAUGUAGUACUUAAUAUAAAUGGAAUUCUUGAAUUUGGUCUUAGACGAGAAAAUCGAAUAGGUGACAACAAUUUACACCACAGACCGAUAGCAUUUGCAAUCCCUGCCCGUUUUGUUGUCCCUAUUAUAACUAUUUUUGAAUGGGCAUUCACUACAUUAUACUUCACACCAACAUCUUUUGUCACAGGAUUUAGUUUUUCAUACGAAAAAAUUAUUGUUCUACCUUCUAACACYGAUGACAUCAACAGAAUCUACGUUGUUUGCAGCAAUUGGAUAUCUCAGUUACCAUUCCUGACAUGUUUGCACUGCAAGUUAUGCAAAUGUGGGCACAAGAAUUUAAUAUCACGGUUUUCUUAUCAGGAGCUAAUAAUCCUGAAAAAGGACAAGGCGGGACUGCUAUUUAUCAUGCGAAAAAUGGACCAAUUUUGAUGGAAAUUGGAGCAAAAGGUGGCACUAAAGCUUAUGUUUACAAUUUCAUUAAUGAGACUUCUGGAGUCCUGGCAGAAAAUGUAAAAGAAAAAAGCAUUGAUGAAUUGGCAAAAGAAAUGGAUGAUUUUUAUUUAGAACAAGAUCCAGAUUUGCACAAAUACAAGUCGCGAGUUUUAAGAGAAAAAGAAUCAAUUGUAUAUCUUUGUUACAACAAAGUGGAAAAGAAUUAUUUUUGUUGCUACUUUGACAUUAAAUUAUCUAUAAACAAUUCGGUUACAAACAAUAAGGCACAUUACACUUAUCAUCUGUUGGCAUAUAAAGGUUACAAAACCUACUACAACCUUUUUCGACCUGGAGGCAUUGAAAURUGUGCUGUUAUUGCUUGUUUAAAUGCUACAUUGAGUUCUUGUGGUCAAAGAUUUAAGAAGUAUGAUGACAUUGAAUGGCCGGUCACUUUUGAAAGACUCGUAAUUAAGGCAACUUUUGGUUUGCCCGUCAAAGAAAAAKUUUACUACAGUUCUCAGUUUCCAAAUUCUUUGCUCAGUUCUAUACGACCAAUACAUCCYAAGUUUACAACAUGGAGCUCACAGAUUGUUUCUGAUGCUAAAAACUGCUCGCGUCUUGAAAGAACAUUUGCUCUUGUCGAACCGCAUAGCAAAAUACUGACUUUUGGAAUUUUUGGAAGAAAUUUUACCUUGGAUCCAGGAUCAAAGUGUCAAAAAUUGUAUCCCUCUCAACCAGUUGUUGUAGUACUGAGCUUAAUUAUUGCAAUUUAUAAUUAA